UUUGUAUUUUGCGUCUUGCCUCUUCCGUUUUUCAGUUUGCUUUGCUCUCUCCACCGUUCACCACCGCCUCUCACCCGCGCGGCGUUUCGAUUCUGAUUUUAUACUGCUGUUGCCCACACCGAACCUGACUCACACACACAGGCGGCGGAGACUACUACCACCACCACCAUCAUCUCGGCAAUCAAGUGGCCCCCAAGGAACGUACGUCUAUAUCUGGUUGCAUAUGUAUAUAAAUAUAUUUUAAAAGUCCGCUUCUGGCGAGCCCCAGAAUAAAAGGCAACACACAAUCGGGCCAAAACGAAGACUACAUGAGGUAAUCUGCAAUGGAACUAUAGGAGAGCAGCAGUAGAAGUAGCAGCAAGUCACAAUUUCAAUGCCAGUGAUUAAGUGACACCUCCACCACCUUCCACUUGCAUUUUUUGUUUGUUGUAGCCACGUUCAGCGAAAGCAGUCGACAACAGCAACAACAGCAAUAUGUAGGCGCCCCAACACCAACAUCAAAAUACAACCAACAACAACAACAGCAGCAACAACAACAACUACCAACAACCCCCAACAACACCCCACAAAAUAAAUAGAAAAAAAAAAAACAAACAAAAAUAAAACUUUAAGAUAAUAAUAGACAUCAGGGACCGAGAAACGCCACUACGCCAUCCGGAUCCUGAGACAAGAAUGCAACACGUGAGCGCUGCCAGCUCGGUGCCAUCGGUAGUAGCCCCCGUAGUGACCACUGGUGGUACAACGAUCACCUUGGGCGGACCCCCACACACGCUCCCCAAAUCGGAGCACAAAGACGAUGGCAAGCCGCCGCACGGCUUGGAGAUGUACAAGGUCAAUAUCGAGGACAUCUCACAGCUCUUCACCUACCACGAAGUUUUUGGCAAAAUCCACGGCGAUGUUGUGAAUCAUCAAUUGGCGGCUGCCCAUGGUGGCCAGUUACCGCCCCCGCCGCCACUACCGCCGCAGGCCACCAGUCAUGCGGCGAGUGCGGCGGCCGCAGCAGCGGCAGCAUCCACAAAUAAUGCCGCUGUGGCGGCAGUAAUGGCCUCCGCCAAUGCAGCGGCGGCAGCAGCAGCAGCCGCAUCGGCAGCGGGAGGCGGCGGGGGACUACCGCCAGCUACCAGCGGAAAUGGUGGCCAAGUGACUGUGACGACGACGAGCAGCUCGACGGCCAGUAGCAGCGGCGGCGCUGGAAGUACUACCAGCGGCACUACGACCACGGCGGGUGAGUUGCUAAUGCCUAAAAUGGAGGGAGGCAUACAUAACGUGGACGGCAGCGGCGGCGGCGGGCAGUCGAACGUGGCGCUGGCGCCGGACGGUACGCCGAUUGCGACGGGGACGCACGUUUGCGACAUUUGCGGCAAGAUGUUCCAGUUCCGGUACCAGCUGAUCGUACACCGGCGCUAUCACAGCGAACGUAAACCGUUUAUGUGCCAGGUGUGCGGUCAGGGCUUCACAACGUCCCAGGAUUUGACCCGCCACGGCAAGAUACAUAUUGGCGGUCCGAUGUUCACCUGUAUCGUGUGCUUUAAUGUUUUUGCUAACAACACGAGUCUGGAGCGGCACAUGAAACGGCACUCGACGGACAAACCGUUCGCCUGCACCAUUUGCCAAAAGACAUUUGCCCGAAAAGAGCAUCUGGACAAUCACUUUCGGUCGCAUACGGGCGAAACGCCAUUCCGUUGCCAGUACUGCGCCAAGACGUUUACGCGCAAGGAGCACAUGGUCAACCAUGUGCGCAAACACACGGGUGAGACGCCACAUCGUUGCGAUAUUUGUAAGAAGUCCUUUACGCGCAAGGAACACUAUGUUAACCACUACAUGUGGCACACUGGUCAAACCCCCCAUCAGUGCGAUGUCUGCGGCAAGAAAUACACGCGCAAGGAGCACCUAGCCAACCAUAUGCGCUCCCACACCAACGAGACGCCGUUCCGUUGCGAGAUCUGCGGCAAGAGCUUUAGCCGCAAGGAGCACUUCACCAACCACAUACUCUGGCAUACAGCAGGCGAGACGCCGCACCGGUGCGACUUCUGCUCCAAGACGUUUACGCGCAAGGAACACUUGCUCAACCACGUGCGCCAGCACACGGGAGAGUCGCCGCACCGCUGCUCCUACUGCAUGAAGACGUUCACGCGCAAGGAGCACCUGGUCAACCACAUCCGGCAGCACACGGGUGAGACACCGUUCAAGUGCACCUACUGCACGAAAGCGUUUACGCGCAAAGAUCACAUGGUUAAUCAUGUACGGCAACAUACAGGCGAGUCGCCGCACAAGUGCACAUACUGCACCAAGACGUUCACGCGCAAGGAGCAUUUGACGAAUCAUGUGCGCCAGCAUACGGGCGACUCCCCGCAUCGCUGCUCCUACUGCAAGAAGACCUUUACGCGCAAGGAGCAUUUGACGAAUCAUGUGCGCCUGCACACGGGCGACUCGCCGCACAAGUGCGAGUACUGCCAGAAGACGUUCACGCGGAAGGAGCACCUCAACAACCAUAUGCGCCAGCACUCUAGCGACAAUCCGCACUGCUGCAAUGUCUGCAACAAGCCAUUCACGCGCAAGGAACACCUGAUCAACCACAUGUCCCGAUGCCACACCGGCGACCGGCCCUUCACCUGCGACACAUGCGGCAAGUCGUUCCCAUUGAAGGGUAAUCUGCUCUUCCACCAGCGCAGCCAUACCAAGGGCCAGGAGAUGGAGCGACCCUUUGCCUGUGAGAAGUGCCCCAAGAACUUUAUCUGCAAGGGUCACUUGGUCUCGCAUAUGCGCUCCCAUUCGGGCGAGAAACCGCACGCGUGCACUCUGUGCAGCAAGGCGUUCGUCGAGCGCGGCAAUUUGAAGCGCCACAUGAAGAUGAAUCACCCGGAUGCUAUGAUGCCGCCACCACCCGUGCAUCCGCAUCCACAAAUACCGGCUGGUGUGCUGACGCAAGUCAAGCAGGAGGUGAAACCGAUCAUAAUUCCCCACCACUCGGCGGCGACGACCACGAUGCACACCAUCCAGCAGAUAACGGCUGGAGCUGCAACGCAAUUGACACCGGGUCUCGUGCCGCUGGUCACCUCGACGCUCAUCUCGCAUAACCCACAAUCGCAAAAGCAGCAAGCAGCCGCCGCAGCGGUUGCCCAGCAACAAGCCGCAGCUGCAGCUGCCGCCCAACAGCAGGCAGCCCAGCAACAGGCAGCAGCGGCCCAUCAGCAACACCAGCAGCAAGUGGCCGCCGCCCAUCAGCAGCAACAGCAGGCGGCUGCUGUCCAGGCAGCUCACCAACAACAGCAGCAACAGCUCCAGCAGCAGCAGCAAUUGCUGCAGCUUUCCAUUCAACAGGCGGCGCAUCACCAUCAACAGGAGCAGCAUCGCCAACAGCAGCAACAACAACAGCAGCAGCAACACCAGCAGCAGCAACAACAGCAACAGCACCAUCAGCAACAGCAAGGCCAUCCACAGGCACCACCGCCGCAGCAGCAACAGCAGCCACCGCCGCAGGUUCCGAUUGCAUUGAUAAGUGAUCCAAGCGCUCUGGCACGUGCCGCCAUGCAGCUGCAACAUUUGCCGGCGAAUGUGGAGCAACAUCCGGUUGUUUACUAACAGUAGCCUCUCCUGCACGGCUACACGCCCACCACAGCCCACGUGAGCAGCACCACCAGCACCGCCCCAGCAGCAGCCACAGCGGCCUGGUGAGGUGCCACCAGCCAUCAGUGAGCUACAGAGUGCUAGUUAGUGAGCCGGGCUGAAACCGAUAUCUCUAUGUAGUAGGACCCAUAACAAGCACACCCCAUUUAAGCAGAUAGUUGUAUGUACAAUAGUUUUAGCAACGCGCUGGUUACGCUUCUCUGUGCCCCGAUAGAAACAGAGCAUUCAGGGGGAACUGUGGUGGAUCCAAAUUCGUUGAGGGGAUGGCAAGUAACAAGUAAUCUUGUAAGGAUUCUGAGUAAUUUUUCGUUGGAAACUACAAGUCCAGUUAAUUUUGAACUUUAAAGAUCACAUAAUUCUUUUAAUAUAUAUUUUUUAUUUAUAAAUAUUUGAUUUUAGUAACAAUCGAGUUAACAAAGAUGUUUUACAUUUUUUUUAUUUGUGUUCUCUUUUAAAUCUUUGUCACUUUUAAACAUUUUUUUAAGAUGUAAACUUUUUGCAGGAGUAGAAGCUAGGGAAAAAUUACCCAGAAUCACAUGAUUACUUUUACGGAUUACGGAUUUUGUAAUCCUUUCUCUGCCCCCCAAAUACAGAGCACCCACCACAUAUAGAAAGUGUUAUUGCAGAUUCUGCUCUGCAUUCUCCCCAGUGCAAUACAUUCUUCCUCACUUCCGAAACUCUUCUACUAGUCUGCCGCCAGCUUUAACGUGCAAUACGAAUCAUCUCAUAGUUUUUCUCACGAUAUUGGUAUCUCUUCUUGUGUAUUCUAAUUGCUUUUUGGACGCUUAGCGUACAAUUAAUUUGUUCACGUGCUUUCAACAUUUCUGAAAUGUGUGCCAGGCGGUGCGUCUAGGUCUAUGGGAUGAGGGCCCAUCAAUUAGCUGUGCUAAGUGGCCCAACCUAUGGAGGCGUUCAUCAUCGACUCUUAUACCGAAUCUUUGCGCCAGACAUUUCAAGGUAGGGGGUUAGGGUUAUGUGGUCGUAACCAGCAGUAGCGUAUAUCAUCUUGUAUUUUAAUUGUGUUUCGACUAAGUUAUACUUAUGAUUAUAUCCAUUCAGAGCGACAUUCAUAGAAAACAUCCUCAUCAUACAUGAACAUAUGCAAAUGUGCAUAGACAUACGAUUAUAUAUAAACAUACAAUAUAGUUUGUAAAUAAUACGCAACAAGACCCUUGGAAAUCUAUCGAAAAUCUAUCACAAUUGUAUUAUUUUUGCAUUUUCCAAGGUGGCUGCUAAUCAUGGAUAAAACACGGAUAAAAAAAAAAACAAACAAAAACACUUACAUAUAUUGGCCAAAUGUGGCCCCUAACCCAGUUUAGAAACGUCAUUCUAUAAUGAUUAUGAGAAAUGCGUAUCGACAUGCAGAUAUAUAUAUAUAUAUAUAUACACGACAGCGGAAAGCUAAAAUAUAACAGAAAAUAACUAACAAGAUAAAUAAGAAAGGGAUUAUUACAACACAAACAACAAGAAGAAGAAAUAAAAAACAAAAUUAUUAUAUUUAAUGUUAGUUGAACUACUAAAAAUAGUAAUUGCGCAAGCAAAUCGAGAUGAUGGAUUAAAGGAAGGCAGCGCCUUAAGGCGGGAGAGAGUAGUUUUAGUUGGGCCCGUACCGCCCAAUAAUUAUGAUUACACUUACGAUUAAAAUUACGAUUAUGAUAUAUGAAAUACUAAACCUAUAACAACAAGUUAUUACCCCACUAUUAAAGUUAACAAACCAACAACAACCCUUACAUAUACAUAAAUAUAUAUAUAUAUAUAUAUAUAUAUAUAUAUAUAUAUAUUACGACUAGGCACAACUCUAAAAUUAAUAUAACCCUUAACUGUGCUUAUGUUGAAAACAACAAACAACAAGAACAAGUUACAGCCGUAAUAAAAAUAAUUAAAAAAAGCGAAUCGAUUAAUGAAAACGCCCCAAGCGCCACAAGCAACAACAUAUCUGCUUUAAAUUUUACAAAAAAAAAAAAAAAAACAAAAUGAAAAAAGAAAACUAAAAAAAAAAUGUACCAACAUAUGAAAGAUGAGUCAAAGUUUAUUAAUUUAAUUUAAUGAAAGAAAAAAAAACAACACGUACACAGACAGACAGACACUCACACAAACAAACACUUUAUGCUUCCUUUAAAUGCAACAUUUUAUACAUUUAAUUUUCAACGAUUAAAUGCUUAAAAACAAUUUUAAUUUAAUUUAAAAAAUGUAAUUGUACACGAAUAAACGAAAAAUGUAAAACUGUUCGUUUGACCAUUUAAAGACACGA